AUGGCCAUCACUGAGCUCCCAAAAGCCCCAGGGCUUCGCACCCACACGAGCAUCUUCGACUCCAUUACACUCAUAGAAGCCUCUAUCAAAGGCCCCACUCUACGAGAAAUUCGCAAAGACUACCGCUUCAUCUGCUGCCGCUGCAACUACUCGCAAAUCGUCUUCGGUCACUGCAAUGUUGCGUCUGAUAAACCUGGCCAGACAGUGUUAACAUGCUCGGAGCAAAAGUCGGAGGGUCUAGUACCGAGGCCACUGCGAAGGUGGUCGUGUGGUGGGGGGUGCUUCGAGCGGGAGAAUACCCAUGUGGCAUGCAAUGGGUGUCAAAUUGAAGUCAUGUCUUGA